GUUUAGUUCAGAACUCAAACUGAAGACAGAAGAAGCUCUUGACUACUUCAUUUCACAGAUACACCAAUUCAAGGCAGGCUACAGUAAAUGCUGGUAUGAAUUAGAAUAUAAUUAGUCUUUUGUCAAGGUCUACUUUAAAAAAAAAAAAUCUGUUGCAGACAUGGAGCUGAAGAGUAGUCGCAGAGAUGACACCAAAAUCACUGACAGUGACCUGUCAGAGCAGAUCAAAGCAGUGACCAAAGACAGUCACAUUCGAGCUGAGAACACAGAGUUGAUGCUGAGCUACCAGAAGGGAGAGAUCACACUCCCACAGUAUCAGCUUCUGCUCUGCUCCUUGUAUGAGGUCUAUCGUGCGCUGGAAGAUGAGCUGGACAGGAGUGCCUCCCACCCGAGUGUGGUUCCCAUCUACUUUCCCCAGGAGCUGGGUCGACUGGAGGCCCUGGAGGAGGAUCUGGAGCACUUCUUUGGCCCACACUGGCGCAAAAGGAUAACUGUGCCUGCUGCAACACAAAGAUAUGUCCAGAGGCUCAGAGAGAUUGGUAAACAGAAUCCUAGACUCCUGGUGGCCCACGCAUACACCCGCUACCUGGGUGACCUGUCCGGUGGUCAGGUCUUGGGGCGCAUUACCCAAAAGUCUCUGGGGCUGAGCAAUCAGGAGGGCCUGUCCUUUUUUUCCUUCCCGGGUGUGCCGAGCCCCAACCGCUUCAAGCAGCUCUACCGCAGUCGCAUGAACAGCAUCGAGCUGACCAAAGAGGAGCGGCAGGAGCUGCUGGACGAGGCCGUCCUGGCCUUCGAGGCCAACAUUGAGAUGUUUGAUGACCUUCAGAAAAUUCUGAGUCUCACCAAGGGCACAGAUGUGUUGAAGGACACGUCUACAACCGCCAAUCAAAAGACUCUGUAUAAUCCUGUCUUACAGUUCACCGCGGGUGUAUGUGUUGCCUUGGCAACAAUUGGCAUGGGAAUGUAUGCAUUUUGAGUGUCUGUGCUGAAUGGGUCUACCAUAUACUUUUGUGCUGGCAUUGCUUUGAAUAUAUUUGUUGCACAUCCUUAAGGCAAGUUAACACAAAGUAAUUGUAUAAUUAUAUGCUAUGUGAUUCCAUGUCAUUUUCCCCUCAUGCUAUUAACCCAAUAGUACAGUACAUAUGAAAAGUUAGAUCACUACCAACAUUCACUGCUGAUACAUGAAGUAUGUAAACAUAUCAACUGUACAUUUGUAACUGUAUAUAAACUUGUACAUUCGGAAUAUAAAUAUUCUUAAUUUUAAAACUAACUCUUAAGUCAAUAAAACUGAAACAGCA